UUUCUCUCUAUAUAUAUAUUUAGAGUGGCUUCAGUCAUAACACAGCUAGGUCAGAGGGAGAAAAAGAGUGUGUGUGUGUAUAAAAUAAAAACUCAGCUGCAGGAAUGACAGUUACUUGAAACGCCAAGACAAAGCAGUGGUUCUGAAUGGCUUUGCCAGUCCAUUUUAAAAGCCACCUAAGCUGUCCUUUCCCUAGCAAAACCCCACUAGGGAGCCAGUGCUCGGAGAGCAAAGCCCCUCGGUUGGGCUGGCUGUUUCCCCAGCUGCUGCUGCUGCUGGUACAGGAUGUCUUCAGAGCCAGUGUCAGGUGCUGAGGCCGGCAGGAGAGGCCUGAAGAAGCCACGUCCGUUCAGCAUCGAGGACAUCCUGUCCAGCCCCGCGGAGAAGAGCCCCCAGGUCUUGGUGCCACUGUGCCUACGGAACAUCUUGGGCUGCACACCCAAGCGGCUGUGUGAGCUGGAGACCAUCCCAGCCAGCUCCCUGCAGGAGGAGGAGGAGGAGGAAGAGGAGGAAGAGCUGGAAGGGGCAGGCUGCAACUGCUGCUGCUGCUCUCACACGAGCGCCCGUUCCCUGCAGGACCUGCCGGCUUGGCUGGAUGCCCGGUUCCCCUGGCCCAUGCGGCUCUUCCACCCCGCAGUCAGGGUCUGUAAGAGUUCCCAGGAGAAGUCAAGCGAGCUGCAGACCUUUCACCAGAUCCAGCGCCGCACACGCCGGCACCGCACCAUAUUCACCGAGGAGCAGCUGCAGGCCCUGGAGACGCUUUUCCACCAGAACCAGUACCCGGACGUCGUCACCCGCGAGCACCUGGCAAACCGCAUUCACCUGAAGGAGGAGAGGGUAGAGGUUUGGUUUAAAAAUCGUCGGGCGAAGUGGCGGCAUCAGAAGAGGGUGACUGCCUCAGCACUGAUCCUGCAGCCCAAGCAGCCCCGCAAGGAGAGCUGUUAGUGCUCCCAGGCUGCACAGGAACACCAAGAGCACCCACUGCCCGUAGCUGACAGGCUCAGGGGGGAUAACCAGAGGGGGAUAAUGCAGCAAAAGGGAAUCUCUGUGAUUCACACAGGACGAGGACAGGUAAAAGCGGACAGGGCACUUUCACACGCCUCUUCCAAACCUAGUUCACGUGGCAAAUAACUCGGGGACAGAGCUGUACCAGUGUUAAAUGUGUGUGCUUUAAGAGAAGGGGAGACUCCCCUUCUUGUCUUUGCUCUGUGCUUGUUUUAUUGAUGUAGAUUUGCAGAAUAUCCUACAAAUGAAUGUUUCCUGUUUGCAGCACCUCAGUGGCAUAUAGAGUUGCUUUUUUGGGGUUGAACUUGCUGGACAAGCGAUUUGUUUCAUAACAAAGAAACACGGGUUUCUCCCCAUAGCCCUGGGGAGAGGCGAUGAACCUGCUGCGGUGAGAGGGUUGGCACAGGCAGCGUUCGCCUUCACCCCUGGUGCCAGCCACUCCGUCACAGAGGCCGUGCCCGUGUUCCUGGCGGGGAUAAGGAGAACCCACGAGCUGGGAAACAGCGAGAUCAAUAAAACUGCCCCGUCACCCCCGCCCGAGCGGCCAGCGGGGGGGCCAGCAGCUGCCCGGGAAGCCCGGGGUGUUUCUGAGGAGGUCUGAGGAGACGGUGGGGGCACUGGGGGAUCCGUCCGGCGCCCAUCCCGUGUGUAUGCCGCGUGUAUGCCGCGUGCAUCCCGGCUCCCA